UAUACUUGUUUAUUUAUAAAUAACUACCUCCUGUCAAUUUCGAAAUAAUUUUAUGCUGUUCGUGUCAGUGAUCUCACCAGUGUUUUCUGCAAAAAUAUCCACAAUUUUAGCAAGAUGAAAAAUAAGAUUCCUAAAGGAUGGAUGGAUUACCUGCCUUAUGGAGAUAAGGUUGAAGGAACCAAGCUUUUCCCUUUCAAAACGCCUCUAAAACUGGAAAUGCAGUCCAACAUACCAGCUGUGCGACGGUUCACACCUGCCUGCCUGAUUGCCAACAUACCCAAGCUGAAAGCCGUCAUAGAUCUAACGGAUACGGACGCCAGGGCCGACAGGUACUACAGUCCCAAAGAAUUUCUUGAUUCGAAUGUGGACCAUUUGAAGAUGCAGAUAUCUGGUGGCGGUGUGGUACCAGGCAAGGAUAAAAUCAAGUUGUUUUCGGACGCCGUCGAAGGAUUCCUGAAGAAAUACGCCGAUGAUCCAGAUGCACUUAUUGGAGUUCACUGCACCCAUGGCCUGAACAGGACUGGCUACUUCAUCUGUAUGUACAUGGUGACAAGGAUGGGAUGCAAUCCCAUCGAAGCUAUAGACAGAUUCCAAAGGGCCAGAGGCUACGAGAUGUACCGGCAGAAUUUCAUCGAGGAAAUCAUGGAACCAGGCAAACAUACUUCGGGUUCCCAGAAACCAAACUACGGCGGUAAGGAUGGCAAACUGGUUCGACAAGUCGGAAAUUACAGCUAUGAGAACAAUUGGCUGGAGAACAACACCAAGAAACCCUUCAGAGGAUUUCACGAUCGUGAAGUUCAAAAUACAGGAUCAAGAAGCAAUAGAGAACGAAAUGGAACACGGAUUUGGCGACACCAAAACGAUUCUAGCAGGGUGGGAGAUGUAGGGAUAGAGACGUUACCUCUUAGGAGGUAUCAAAGAAGAGAUUUUCCUUCUGGUGGAGAAACCAGCAGAGAAUUUCCACAAGGAAGAGAACGAUCGUCGUUUGAGGAUAGGAGAAUUCCAGAUUGUUGUCCAAGAAGGACUUGGUCAACACCUACUCAAUCAGGAGAAGGUCUUGCAAGUGGUGGACAGCCAGGUUUUCCUUUAGAAAGGCUGGGUUUGGCCCCAAACCAAUUUCCAAGGUUACCGAUCGGAGGUGAAAGAAUAUUUGGACAAAACCCUCUCCAGAGUGAUCAAAGCGGAGCAGGUUUACCUCGGUGUAGCUAUAACGCUGUGAAUUGGAGACCUCCUGGACUUGACAAUAGAGGAAUGGGUACAUGGCGUGGGAAAAGUGGAAGGGGAAGAUCGCAAGAAGUUCCUAGAAGAGGAGGAUUCAGAAGAAAUUCAAGAGAUAACGUGGAGUACAGGAGUCCUUUGGAUGGUCAAUAUUCCGAAGAAGCACCUAGACGGGAUUGGAGAGGCAACAGACGUGGAGGAAGAUCAACAUACAAUUGAGAUUCAAUAAACAAUUUAUACACUCGA